AUGAAGGAGUCUAUGGAGGGCAUUGUUGUCUGGGAUGAGGUCGAGCCUGAGGUCUUUUCUCAACUGAUUGAGUACGCAUACGGCCGUGAGCUACUUAUUCCUGACCACAACGAACGAUAUGGCACGAUCAAUGACAUCGACCUAUGGGGCACGGUGGACGACGAUGCCGACGACUGCUACGACUACGGUGGCGCCUACUACAAGGCUAGGCCUUCACUAGAGUAUAGUAUUGCCACAGAACAUCUCAUGAAGUGCAAAGAUGGUAAAUCUACGCUAGCACUCAGGCGCGGCCCAGAUCGCUUCGUGGAAAUGCCAAAGCGCGCUGAUCUGGAUUCCGUUGACUUCCACGUCUUUCACUUUCACUCAGAGGAUUAUCUUGUGGCCCACGCGCGGCUUUAUUGCUUGGCUGAUCGGUAUGCCAUUACCCAGUUGGCAUGGCUUUGCGUUGAGAAGUUGCAGCGAAUUCUCUACGAGCAUCCCACAACAGAAAGCUUCAACGAGUCCAUCUGUAAGCUCUUGCUUUUCGUCUGGCCUAGAACUUUGCCCGAAGACGGGCUUCGAUCACUUCUCAUCGACUUCGUUCUGAUGAACUUGUCGAAUGCGCUCACUCGCAAUACAACAAAAUUUGGACAUGUCUUGGACGAAAUUCCCGAGAUCGCUGUUGCUAUUCUACGCAGUGCGCCCAGAAACUACUGGCGAAGGCUUGACUCGAGAAUCUAA